AUGGUUGCCGAAGGAGCUAUUAGUGAUCCAAAUGAUCCAGAAUUAUUAGAUGCAAUGAAAUAUUUGGCUUUACCAAGCGAAGAAAAAAUCAAACUUCGAUCUCAACCAUUUGAUGCUAAAAAAGCAUGUUGGGUACCUGAUCCAAAGGAAUCGUUUAUUGCUGCCGACAUUGAAAGUACGCAAGAUAAUCAAGUUACAGUUAAGACAUGCAAGGGAGAAACAAGAACAGUGAAGAAAGAUGAUGUUCAAGAAAUGAAUCCGCCAAAAUACUGGUGUAUUGAUGAUAUGGCUGAUUUAACCUAUUUGAAUGAUGCUUCAGUUUUGGCUACUUUACGUGAUCGUUAUUCACGAUGGCUUAUCUAUACUUAUUCAGGAUUAUUUUGUGUUGUCAUUAAUCCAUAUAAACGUUUACCAAUCUAUACUAUGAAGGUAGUACUUGCAUAUCGUGGCAAGAAACGUACUGAAGUCGCACCACAUUUAUAUGCUAUUUCUGACAAUGCUUAUGCUAAUAUGCUUCGAGAUCGUGAAAAUCAAUCGAUGUUGAUCACAGGUGAAUCAGGUGCUGGUAAAACAGAAAAUACGAAAAAAGUCAUUCAAUAUUUUGCAUUGGUCGCUGCGGCCGGAACUAAAAAAGAAGAUGAUGGAAAGAAAACUAUGACACUUGAAGAUCAAAUUGUGUCAGCUAAUCCUGUUUUGGAAGCUUAUGGUAAUGCAAAAACUACUCGUAAUAAUAACUCAUCUCGAUUUGGUAAAUUCAUUCGUAUUCACUUCGGUCCCAAUGGUAAAAUUGCUGGUGCUGAUAUUGAAGUAUAUCUAUUAGAAAAAUCUCGUGUCAUUUUUCAACAACCAGCUGAGCGUAACUAUCAUAUUUUCUAUCAAAUUUGCUCAAAUGCAUUUCCAGAAUAUCAUGAAAUGUGUUUAAUUGGAAAUGAUCCAUCGAAAUACUUUUACGUAGCUCAAGGUAUGCUUACCAUCGAUGGUAUAGACGAUGCUGAAGAAAUGCGACUUACUGAUGAAGCUUUUGAUAUUCUCGGCUUUACAAGGGAUGAAAAGAUCAAUUUAUUCAAAUGUACUUCAUCUAUAAUGCAUUUUGGUAAUUCUCAAUGGAAACAACGACCUCGAGAAGAACAAGCUGAAACUGAAGGUACAGAAGAGGUCGAAAAAGUUGCUCAUUUACUUGGUGUUGAAGCAGCUGACCUUAUUAAAGGUUUACUUAAGCCUCGUAUUAAGGUCGGUAAUGAAUAUGUUAACAAAGGUCAAAAUAAAGAUCAAGUCAUUAACUCGAUUGGUGCUCUUUCGAAAUCGAUCUAUUUCCGUAUAUUUACUUGGUUAGUCGACCGUGUUAACGUAACACUCGAUGUCAAAGCUAAACGACAAUAUUUUAUUGGUGUACUCGAUAUUGCUGGUUUUGAAAUUUUCGAAUUCAAUGGCUUUGAACAAUUAUGUAUUAAUUAUACAAAUGAACGUCUUCAACAAUUCUUCAAUCAUCAUAUGUUUGUAUUAGAACAAGAAGAAUAUAAAAAAGAAGGCAUAAAUUGGGUAUUUAUUGAUUUUGGUAUGGAUUUACAAGCUUGUAUUGAUCUUAUCGAAAAGCCUAUGGGUAUUCUUUCCAUUCUUGAAGAAGAAUGUAUCGUACCAAAAGCUACUGAUAAGACAUUUGUUGAAAAACUUUACAAUAAUCAUUUGGGAAAACAUGCAAUGUUUGGUAAACCCAAGCCUAGUAAAGGAAAAGCAGAAGCUCAUUUUGAUAUUCAUCAUUAUGCUGGUACUGUAUCAUAUACUGCAACAUCAUGGCUUGAAAAGAAUAAAGAUCCUAUUAACAAUACUGUUGCUACUCUCUUUGCUAAAUCGAAAAAUGCUCUUCUAAGUAUUCUCUUUGCUGAUGUUAUUGAAGAAGAAGGUGCUGGUAAAGGUGGUGGUAAAAAGAAAGGUGGUGGUAGUAUGCAAACUAUUUCAGCUACACAUCGUGAACAAUUAAAUAAAUUAAUGAAUAAUUUAAAACAAACACAUCCACAUUUUGUUCGUUGUAUUAUUCCGAAUGAAAUUAAGACUGGAGGUGUACUUGAUUCACAUUUAGUUAUGCAUCAAUUGACAUGUAAUGGUGUACUUGAAGGUAUUCGUAUUUGUCGUAAAGGUUUUCCAAAUCGUAUGAUUUAUUCGGAAUUUAAACAACGUUAUUCAAUAUUAGCACCAAAUGCUAUACCAAAAGGUUUUGUUGAUGCAAAAAAAGCAACAGAAAAUAUUCUUAAAGAUUGUCAAUUAAAUGAAGAGUUAUAUCGUUGUGGUUCAACAAAAGUUUUCUUUCGAGCAGGUACAUUAGGUCAAUUAGAAGAUAUGCGUGAUACGGCUUUAUCAAAGAUUGUUGCUGCUUUACAAGGACAAGUACGUGGUUAUAUUAUGAAAAAGGAAUAUAAGAAAAUGUUAGAAAAACGUAUUGCUUUAACUGUAUUACAACGUAAUUGUCGUAAAUACUUAUCAUUACGUAAUUGGCCAUGGUGGAAAUUAUAUACAAAAGUUAAACCAUUAUUAUCGGUUGCUCGUCAAGAAGAAGAAAUGAAGAAAAUGGAAGAAGAAUUUAAAACACUUAAAGAAACUUUAGAAAAAGAAGAAAAAUUAAGAAAAGAAGUCGAAGAUCAAAAUUCAAAAUUAAUUCGAGAAAAAAAUGAUUUACUCUCACAAUUGGAAUUUGCACAAGUUGGUUCAUCAGAAUCUGAAGAACGUUUAACACGUUUAGUAACGGAAAAAGCUGAUCUUGAACAAACAAUCAAAGAAUUAGAAGAACGUUUUAGUCAAGAAGAAGAUAGUGCUCAACAAUUAAAUAAUAAGAAAAAGAAACUUGAACAAGAUAUUGAUACAUUAAAAAAAGAUAUUGAUGAUAUGCAAAUGUGUUUAAUUGGAAAUGAUCCAUCGAAAUACUUCUACGUAGCUCAAGGUAUGCUUACCAUCGAUGGUGUGGACGAUGCUGAAGAAAUGCGACUUACUGAUGAAGCUUUUGACAUCCUCGGGUUUACAAGGGAUGAAAAGAUCAAUUUAUUCAAAUGUACUGCAUCUAUAAUGCAUUUUGGUAAUUCUCAAUGGAAGCAACGACCUCGAGAAGAACAAGCUGAAACUGAAGGUACAGAAGAAGUCGAAAAAGUUGCUCAUUUACUUGGUGUUGAAGCAGCUGAUCUUAUUAAAGGUUUACUUAAACCUCGUAUUAAGGUCGGUAAUGAAUAUGUCAACAAAGGUCAAAAUAAAGAUCAAGUCAUUAACUCUAUUGGUGCUCUUUCAAAAUCGAUCUAUUUUCGUAUAUUUACUUGGUUAGUCGAUCGUGUUAACGUAACGCUCGAUGUCAAAGCUAAACGACAAUAUUUUAUUGGUGUACUCGACAUUGCUGGUUUUGAAAUUUUCGAGUUCAAUGGCUUUGAACAAUUAUGUAUUAACUAUACAAAUGAACGUCUUCAACAAUUCUUCAAUCAUCAUAUGUUUGUAUUAGAACAAGAAGAAUAUAAAAAAGAAGGCAUACAAUGGACAUUUAUUGAUUUUGGUAUGGAUUUACAAGCUUGUAUUGAUCUUAUCGAAAAGCCUAUGGGUAUUCUUUCAAUUCUUGAAGAAGAAUGUAUCGUACCAAAAGCUACAGAUAAGACAUUUGUUGAAAAACUUUAUACUAAUCAUUUGGGUAAACAUCCACAAUUUGAAACUUUAGAAAAAGAAGAAAAAUUAAGAAAAGAAGUCGAAGAUCAAAAUUCAAAAUUAAUUCGAGAAAAAAAUGAUUUACUCUCACAAUUGGAAUUCGCACAAGUUGGUUCAUCAGAAUCUGAAGAACGUUUAACACGUUUAGUAACGGAAAAAGCUGAUCUUGAACAAACAAUCAAAGAAUUAGAAGAACGUUUUAGUCAAGAAGAAGAUAGUGCUCAACAAUUAAAUAAUAAGAAAAAGAAACUUGAACAAGAUAUUGAUACAUUAAAAAAAGAUAUUGAUGAUAUGCGUUUAAAUUUAAAUAAAUCUGAAAAUGAAGUUAAAUCACGUGAUACUCAAAUUCAUACAUUACAAGAUGAAAUAGCUCAUCAAGAUGAAAAUAUUGCUAAAUUAACACGUGAACGUAAACGUCUUGAAGAACAAAAUGCUAAAACAACUGAACAAGUACAAGCUGAAGAAGAUAAAGUUAAUCAUUUAAAUAAAUUAAAAGCUAAACUUGAACAAACACUUGAUGAAUUAGAAGAUAGUUUAGAACGUGAAAAGAAAGCUCGUGUUGAUUUAGAUAAAUCAAAACGAAAACUUGAAACAGAUUUAAAAGCAUUACAAAGUAGUUUAGAAGAAUUAGACAAAUCAAAACGUGAAUUACAAGAAACACUUAAACGUAAAGAUCAAGAAAUUCAACAAAUGGGUGGACGUCUUGAAGAUGAACAAGGACAAGCAACAAGUCUUGGCAAGAAGAUCAAAGAAUCACAACAUCGUAUUGAAGAAUUAGAAGAAGAAGUUGAAAAUGAACGACAAGCUAGAAAUAAAGCUGAAAAACAACGAGCUGAUUUAGCACGUGAAAUUGAUGAAAUGGGUGAUCGAUUACAAGAAGCUGGUGGUGCAACAACAUCUCAAGUUGAAAUGAACAAGAAACGUGAAUCAGAAUUACAAAAACUUCGUCGUGAUUUAGAAGAAGCCACUCUUCAACAUGAAGCUACAGUUGCACAAUUGAGAAAGAAACAUCAAGAUGCUGUUACUGAAAUGGGCGAACAAAUUGAUCAAUUACAAAAAUUGAAGAAUAAAUUAGAAAAAGACAAACAAACAGCUAAAUCUGAAUUAGAUGAUUUACGUACACAAAUUGAACAUUUACAUAAAGGCAAAACAACAUCAGAAAAACUUUCAAAACAACUUGAACAACAAUUAACUGAUAUUCAAAUAAAACUUGAAGAUCAUGUUAAACAAAUAACUGAAUUAACUCAUUUUAAAACAAAAUUAACAGGUGAAAAUUCAACUUUAACUAGACAAGUUGAAGAAUUUGAAUCUCAAAUUGGAACAUUAACUAAAGCUAAAACACAAUUACAACAACAACUUGAUGACACUAAACGAUCACUUGAUGAUGAAUUACGCGGCAAAGGUUCAGUUAAUUCACAAAUACGUAAUUUAACAGCUGAUCUUGAACAAGCACGUGAACAACUUGAUGAAGAACAAGAAACUAAGAGUGAACUUCAAAAACUAGUUACAAGACUCACUGCUGAAGUACAACAAUGGAGAGCUCGUUUUGAAUCUGAAGGUGUUGCUCGUAGUGAAGAACUUGAAGAAGCUAAACGAAAAUUAGCUGCUAAAUUAAGUGAAGCUGAAGAACAAGUUGAAGCUGCUUUGAAUAAAUGUAAUGCUUUAGAAAAAGUUAAAGCACGUCUUCAAGGUGAAGUUGAAGAUCUUAUGGUUGAUGUUGAACGUGCUAAUUCGAAUGCAUCUUCUAUGGAUAAGAAACAGAAACAAUUUGAUAAAUUAAUUAGUGAAUGGAAACAAAAAUGUGAAGAUAUUACUAUUGAACUUGAAACAUCACAAAAAGAAGCACGAUUCUUUUCAACAGAAUUAUUUAAACUUAAAACACAAUAUGAAGAAUCACAAGAACAAAUUGAAUCACUUCGUAAAGAAAACCGAAAUUUGGCUGAUGAAAUUAAAGAUCUUAUUGGUCAAUUAAGUGAUGGUGGAAAAUCAGUUCAUGAAUUAGAAAAAGCUCGUAAACGUGCUGAAUUAGAAAAAGAAGAAUUACAAACUGCAUUAGAAGAUGCUGAAACAUCACUUCAACAAGAAGAAGCUAAAGUACUUCGUGUUCAAAUGGAAUUAAGUAUUGUUCGACAAGAAAUCGAUCGACGACUUCAUGAAAAAGACGAAGAAUUCGAAAAUACAAGACGUAAUCAUCAACGUUCACUUGAAUCAAUGCAAGCUAGUUUAGACGCUGAAUCACGAUCAAAAGCUGAAGCACUUAAACAGAAAAAGAAACUUGAAUCCGAUAUCAAUGAACUUGAAGUUGCACUUGAUCAUGCUAAUCAUUCACAAAUACGUAAUUUAACAUCUGAUCUUGAACAAGCACGUGAACAACUUGAUGAAGAACAAGAAGCCAAGAGUGAAUUUCAAAAAACAGUUACUAGACUCAAUGCUGAAGUACAACAAUGGAGAGCUCGUUUUGAAUCUGAAGGUGUUGCUCGUAGUGAAGAACUUGAAGAAGCUAAACGAAAAUUAGCUGCUAAACUAACUGAAGCUGAAGAACAAGUUGAAGCUGCAUUGAGUAAAUGUAAUGCUUUAGAAAAAGUUAAAACACGUCUUCAAAGUGAAGUUGAAGAUCUUAUGGUGGAUGUUGAACGUGCUAAUUCAAAUGCAUCUGCUAUGGAUAAGAAACAGAAACAAUUUGAUAAAUUAAUUAGUGAAUGGAGACAAAAAUGCGAAGAUAUUACUAUUGAACUUGAAACAUCACAGAAAGAAGCACGACACUUUUCAACGGAACUAUUUAAACUUAAAACACAAUAUGAAGAAUCACAAGAACAAAUUGAAGCACUUCGUAAAGAAAACCGAAAUUUGGCUGAUGAAAUUAAAGAUCUUAUUGAUCAAUUAAGUGAUGGUGGAAAAUCAGUUCAUGAAUUAGAAAAAGCUCGUAAACGUGCUGAAUUAGAAAAAGAAGAAUUACAAGCUGCAUUAGAAGAUGCUGAAUCAACACUUGAGCAAGAAGAAGCUAAAGUACUUCGUGUUCAAAUGGAAUUAAGUACUAUUCGACAAGAAAUUGAUCGAAGACUUCAUGAAAAAGAAGAAGAAUUUGAAAAUACAAGACGUAAUCAUCAACGUGCACUUGAAUCAAUGCAAGCCAGUUUAGAAGCUGAAUCACGAUCAAAAGCUGAAGCACUUAAACAGAAAAAGAAACUUGAAUCAGAUAUCAAUGAACUUGAAGUUGCACUUGAUCAUGCCAAUCGUACAAAUGCUGAUUUACAAAAAACAUUAAAACGACUUCAAGUAACCAUUACUGAAUUAGAAACACAAGUUGAAGAAGAACAACGACAACGUGAUGAAGCUCGUGAAGCAGCUGCUGCAGCUGAACGUCGUGCUAAUCUUAUAGCUGGUGAACUUGAAGAAUUACGUACAGCUUUAGAACAAGCUGAACGUGCACGUAAAGCAGCUGAAAAUGAAUUACAUGAUGCAGCUGAUCGUAUUAGUGAUAUAAGCACACAAAAUGCUAAUUUAGCUUCACAACGACGACAACUUGAAUCAACAAUUGCUGCUAUGCAAGCUGAUUUAGAUGAAGCUGUUAGUGAACUUAAAAAUAGUGAAGAACGUGCUAAGAAAGCUGGUGCUGAUGCUUCACGUCUUGUUGAAGAAUUACGUCAAGAACAAGAACAUGCUUUACAAGUUGAACGUUUACGUAAAGGUCUCGAACAACAAGUUAAAGAUCUUCAAAUACGUCUUGAUGAAGCCGAAGCUAAUUCACUUAAAGGUGGAAAACGCAUUAUUGUUAAACUUGAACAACGUAUUCAUGAAUUAGAAACUGAAAAUGAAUUAGAACAAAAUCGUCAUCAAGAAACACUUAAAGAAUUACGUAAAAAUGAUAGACGUUUGAAAGAACUUGCAUUUCAAACGGAAGAAGAUCGUAAGAAUCAAUUACGUUUACAAGAUCUUAGUGAAAAAUUACAAUCAAAGGUUAAAGUCUAUAAACGACAAGUAGAAGAAGCUGAGGAAAUCGCUGCCCUUAAUUUGGCUAAAUUUCGUAAAACUCAAACAGAACUUGAAGAAUCAGCUGAACGUGCUGAUUCAGCUGAAAACCAACUUGGAAAAUUACGUGCCAAAAAUCGAUCAUCUGUUAGUGUAAGCCGCACCUCAGAAACUCAUGAAUUUCGUGAAUCAAGUACAGCAUUACGAGCAGCUUCAGCCAUGCGUGCUAGUUCAGUUCGUCAACGUUAA